GGAGGUGUCUGCUGCAAGUUCCUGGCUGCUUCUGAGCUCACCCCAUCCUCCGAGAGGGAGGAGGCCCAAGUGGUGAUGCUGGUGCUGCCGCCGCCUGGACUGCUGGUACUCUAGUGGGGCUGGAAGGGUGGUUCCUUUUUGCACCAUCGCCAGCCAGAGACUGAGGGUGAAAAAAAAAAAAAAAAAAUCCCAGCAGCCGCUGCUGAUGUUGGGUUCGGAGGCUGCAUCCGACUCGGUCACAAGGAAAAUGGAUUCAGUUUGCACCUCUCCCUCCUUUCAACAGCUUCUCCAGGUCUCCGCAUGGGCUUCCAGGGCAGCGGCUAAGGGGACCUUACCAAGGACCACCACGCAGUAGAUGCUGAAACAUCGCACUCCGGGAUAAGAAACAGGAACAUGGCAGCACCCGUGUGAAAGGACUUAAAAACCAACAGACUCCAUUUAGAAAGGAACAAUGUCCAAGAAAGGGCGAAAUAAGGGCGAGAAGCCCGAGGCGCUCAUCGUCGCCCUUCAAGCUGCCAAUGAAGACCUCAGGACCAAGCUCACAGACAUCCAGAUAGAGCUGCACCAAGAGAAGUCCAAGGUAUCGAAGCUGGAAAGAGAGAAGACUCAAGAAGUCAAGAGGAUCCGGGAGCUGGAGCAGCGCAAGCACACCGUCCUGGUGACCGAGCUCAAAGCCAAGCUCCACGAGGAGAAGAUGAAGGAGCUGCAGGCCGUGCGGGAGAGCCUCAUCAAGCAGCACGAGCAGGAGAUGGCGAGGACAGUGAAGGUGCGGGACGGGGAGAUCCAGAGGCUCAAGUCGGCGCUGUGUGCCCUCCGGGACGGCAGCAGCGACAAAGUAAGGACAGCGCUCACCAUGGAGGCCCGGGAGGAGGCCCGGAAACUGUUCGAUGCGGAGCGCAUUAAGCUCCUCCAGGAAAUUGCGGACCUGAAAACGGCCAAGAAGCAGGUGGACGAGGCCCUCAGCAACAUGAUCCAAGCGGAUAAAAUCAAGGCCGGGGACCUGAGGAGUGAGCAUCAGUCCCACCAGGAAGCCAUCUCGAAGAUCAAGUGGGAGUCCGAGCGGGAUAUCCGGAGGCUGAUGGAUGAAAUCAAAGCCAAGGACAGGAUCAUCUUUUCCCUGGAGAAGGAACUGGAGACUCAGACAGGCUAUGUACAGAAACUCCAGCUGCAGAAGGAGGCUCUGGAUGAGCAGCUCUUUCUGGUCAAGGAAGCUGAGUGCAACAUGAGCAGCCCGAAACGAGAAAUUCCAGGGAGAGCAGGCGAUGGCUCGGAGCACUGCAGCAGUCCUGAUUUGCGGAGAAAUCAAAAGAGAAUAGCUGAACUGAAUGCCACUAUAAGAAAAUUAGAAGACAGGAAUACCUUGCUUGGAGAUGAACGAAAUGAAUUGUUAAAGCGCGUGCGGGAAACCGAAAAGCAGUGUAAACCUCUCCUGGAAAGGAACAAGUGCCUCGCCAAGAGAAAUGACGAGCUGAUGCUGUCCCUGCAACGCAUGGAGGAGAAACUGAAAGCCGUUACCAAGGAAAACUCCGAAAUGAGAGAAAAAAUAACAACCCAUCCACCCUUGAAAAAAUUAAAAUCUCUGAAUGACCUCGAUCAAGCUAAUGAAGAACAAGAGACAGAGUUUCUCAAACUUCAGGUCAUUGAGCAGCAGAACAUUAUUGAUGAGCUCACCAGGGACCGAGAAAAGCUCAUCCGCAGAAGAAAGCAUAGAAGAAGUUCCAAGCCAAUUAAGAGGCCUGUUUUGGACCCAUUUAUUGGUUAUGAUGAUGACUCCAUGGACUCAGAGACAUCAUCCAUGGCCUCUUUCAGAACAGACCGAACACCAGCUACUCCCGAUGAUGACUUAGACGAAAGUUUAGCAGCUGAAGAAUCUGAGCUACGAUUUCGACAACUAACAAAAGAAUACCAGGCUCUCCAAAGAGCAUAUGCCCUCCUGCAGGAGCAGACUGGAGGCAUCAUCGAUGCUGAAAGGGAGGCCAAGGCUCAAGAACAGCUCCAAGCAGAGGUGCUAAGGUAUAAAGCCAAAAUUGAAGAUCUGGAAGCGACUCUGGCUCAGAAAGGGCAGGAUUCACACUGGGUAGAAGAUAAACAACUUUUCAUUAAGAGAAACCAGGAGCUUUUAGAAAAGAUAGAAAAGCAGGAGGCAGAAAAUCACCGCUUACAACAGGAACUGCAGGAUGCCAGAGACCAGAAUGAACUGCUGGAGUUUCGAAACCUAGAGCUAGAAGAAAGAGAGAGACGGUCCCCUCCAUUUAAUCUACAAAUUCACCCAUUCUCAGAUGGUGUGAGUGCUCUCCAGAUCUACUGUAUGAAAGAAGGUGUCAAGGAUGUGAACAUCCCAGAUCUCAUAAAGCAGCUUGAUAUCCUGGGGGACAACGGGAAUUUAAGAAAUGAAGAACAAGUGGCCAUAAUUCAGGCCAGCACUGUGCUGUCCCUGGCAGAGAAGUGGAUCCAGCAAAUCGAAGGAGCAGAAGCUGCCCUGCACCAGAAAAUGAUGGAAUUGGAAAGUGACAUGGAACAAUUCUGCAAAAUCAAAGGCUAUCUGGAGGAAGAACUAGACUACAGAAAACAAGCUCUGGACCAAGCAUAUAUGAGAAUCCAGGAACUAGAAGCUACUUUGUACAAUGCUCUGCAGCAAGAAACUGUUAUCAAGUUUGGCGAACUGCUGAGUGAGAAACAGCAAGAGGAGCUGAGGACGGCGGUAGAGAAGCUACGGCGGCAGAUGCUGAGGAAGAGCCGAGAAUAUGACUGUCAGAUCCUUCAGGAGAGAAUGGAGCUCUUGCAGCAAGCCCACCAGAGAAUCCGUGACUUAGAAGAUAAAACAGACAUCCAGAAAAGACAGAUAAAGGACUUAGAGGAAAAGUUUCUGUUUCUAUUCUUGUUCUUCUCUCUUGCCUUUAUUCUAUGGCCUUGAUGUCAAGGUGCCUCUUAAAGAGUAACCGAAAACACGGAUAAAACCCCAGAGAGACAAAUGCUUCUAAACCUUCAAAGAUGGCAGAAAUGUUUACAGCAGUGAGAGAGAGAGAUCAAAAGCUAAGAACUACCCUGUAGCCAGGACUACAACUGUGUAUUUUAAAGCCAUUAUUCAAGGUUUCUUACUUGACAGUUCCUACAUGACCCUGGUGAAAAAUCUACAAUAUAUGCUGCAUUUAAUGAAACGUGUACAUGUCAAGCCAGAAGAAAAGAACUAUAAACAUAUAUUGUGAAGGCAAAAAACAAAUCAACCAUGGAAACAGAUUCAGCAGAUCACACAAAGAUGUGUCUUGGGCAUGGAACCAAAGUUACAAAGAACCAUUCUACCCCUGCUGUGCAGGGGGGUCAUUUUAAUGUAACACCACACCCCAUGGAAACACUAGUCCUGAAAUAAACAUCAUUUAAAAAAAAAAAAUCAAAACAAACAACAGAAACUAGGGUGGGUGGGAAUGAAGCACGAGGAAUACCUAUGAAGAGCUAUUUACAAUAAAAUGUUUCGUUUGAAAA